AGGCUUGGUAAAAAAAUAUGGCGAACGUAAACAACUGUAUCACUGAAGCAAGAAAAGCAAAUGAAGAAAGUGAUAAAGAAGUAGAGCAUGCUUUGGCACAGUUUCUGAAGUCUGAUUAUGAAAAUUGUAUGAUGUGUACUGGAUUUUAUGGUGGCAACUUUGGACAGCCAGUUUGCAGUACAUGUCAUCUCUUUUUGUUUUCGUCUCAGCUGAAAGAGGAGGGGGAUGAUGGAGACAGAGUCUAUAAUCAGAAAGUUGAUUCUGAUGACUCUGGAACAGAAGAGCCAGGAGUGGAGACAGAUUUUUAUGCUAGUCGAGAUAUUCAGGAGAGAGAGGUUUAUCACCAAGCUAAGAGGCCAGCCCGACAUAAACCUGAUAAAUUAACUGAAAGAAUAAAUGCUUUGACUUCACCCCGAGAAAUUGACCGCAUCCCUGCUGGGUUGAUUGACUCACUACCACCUGAAGUUUUGUUGCUUGUGUUUAAAAAUCUGGAUGACAUAUCGCUCUGGGUGGCUGGCAAUGUCUGCACCAGGUGGAGACAGAUACUGGACGGGGAAAUUUCCCAGUCAAAAUGGAAACACUUCAUUCAGCUCCGCUGGCCAUUGUUUCAACUCCAGUACAAAGUUCGCUGCUGGAAAACAAUUUACAGCCAGUUGCUGCUGAGCUCCCCAUGUCGAUAUUGUUUAGAGAGUAUGAUGCUGCAGAGCACUCCACCCAUAGAAGAAAACUCCUGGAGGCAUCGUAGACUACGCAGUGAGUUAAAGACUUUAAAAACUGAUCCGCCUGAGGGCAUUCAAGCUACGCCUUUAGAUCGUCAUUGUUGUCACUGGCAAGCCUCUAUAACAGGUCCUCAGGGUAGUCCCUAUGAAGGAGGAUUGUUUCUUUUGUAUCUUCAAAUUCCACAAAGCUAUCCCAUGAGACCACCCAAAGUCAGGUUCAUCACCAAAAUUUUCCACCCAAACAUUUCUCGUCACGGAGAUGUGGGCCUAGACUCCAUCCAUCACAACUGGAGCCUAGCUCUGACCAUCUCCAAAGUGUUAAUCAGCAUUCAGUCACUUCUCACAGACCCGUAUUGCAAUAUCUGCAUGGAACCAGCCAUAGGGAGGCUUUUCAAACACAACAGAAACCAGUUUGACAGAAUGGCCAGGCUCUGUACGUGGAAAUUUGCAAUGCAUGACUACGUCAUGGCCUUUCCAAUAGACCCAAACAGUGUUUAAGUUAUUGUUCCUAUUUGAAAAAUUCGAAAUAGGGAGUAUUGUUUUAAAAUGGGGACUGAUUUAACAUGUGAUUUAUUAAAUUAAUUAAAACAUGGCACCAUACGUGUAAAGCUAUUUUAAAAACUUUUAAAAACAAAAUAUUUCUUGAAUGCAAAUAAAAUGUGUCAACAUCUUUU